GAAUCUGAGAAAAGAAGGGCAGACACUUAAAGAGAGAGAAGAGAUUCCCACAGAGCAUGGCCUCUGCCAAAGAAGACGGCGUGGAUGAAAGAACGGCGGACAUUAAAGAAGAGCACUGUGAGCGGCUCACACCAGUGGAUGUGUGUGUAAAACUGGAGGAUCACGAAGAAAGAAUUUCAGUUUAUAAAAAGGAGGAGGAGGAGUGCAAGGGGGUGACUGCUGCCAUUAAAGCUGAGGAUUUGAAUGAUUUCUCCGUUGGUCUUGAACUUCAAAAGCUUGAAACUGAGAAUAUUUUCAAGCAAGAUUCCUGUGAAGAAUCUCCAUCCAGUUUACAGCCCUGGUCCACUAAUACGGGACGACUGGCUACACAGGAGAAUUCUGCAGAGCUGAAAUCAGAGUCUGAAGAGAAAAUCACAGAGGAAAAUGGGAGUGAAGAAGAAGAGUCACCUGGGAGUGUUGGAAUAAAUUUACAGAAGAAUGGCAGCUUCUCUCCGCCUUCAUUUGGUAAGCUUGCCCUUCAAUACAAAGAGAAAGGUAUGAUGAAAUCAGCAAGAAGAUCAGAGAACCUGACAACAGCCUUUUUGCAGUUCAGUUCUCUCCCUGCUACUGGAGUAACACAGACAGAAACCAUCAAAACUGAUCGACAGCAAGUGGAGAAAGAAAUCCAAAUUCAUACUGGACAAAAAUGUUUGGAAUGUGGCAAACAAUUCACACACAAAAGUGAUCUUAAUAAGCAUAUGAAGAUUCACACUGGAGAAAAAACAUAUUGUUGUCAUGAAUGUGGCAAGCAUUUCCCAAAUAUCAAGAAUCUUAACAAACACACAAAAAUUCACUCUGGAGAGCCAAAACUCCAUUGCUGUAAAGAAUGUGGCAAACGAUUCUCAAUGAGAAGCAAUCUUCAGAGACACAGAAUAAUCCACACAGGAGAAAAACCUUCCUGCUGUCCAGAAUGUGGUAAGUCAUUCUCAUGGAGAAGCCAUCUUCAGAGGCACAGAAAAAUCCACUCAGGAGAAAAACCUCAUUGUUGUCCAGACUGUGGUAAGUCGUUCUCAUGUAUAAACGAUCUUCAGAGGCACAGACGAAUCCACACAGGGGAAAAACCUUAUUGUUGUCCAGAAUGUGGCAAACAAUUUUCUGAAAAACUCAGUUUUCAAAGGCACACACAAAUUCAUACUGGAGAGAAGCCAUAUUGCUGUUCUCAAUGUGGAAAAAGGUAUUUCAACAUUAGCAGUUUACAAAGACACACACAAACUCACAUUGGAGAGAAAAUGCAGUUCUGAAUGUGGCAAAUGUUAUGCAAGCCAGAAAAGUAUUAAUAAACAAACCAAAAUCCAUACUGAAGAAAAAUCUGAAUGGUGUUCUGAUUGUGGGAAACGAUUAUUAGACUAAUGCUCAAUUCAGUGCCACAUUAGAACUCAUACUGGAGAGAACCCUUAUUGUUGUCCUGAAUGUGAUAAGCAGUUCUCACAACAAAGCACCCUAAAGAGUCACUCUCAGACAGCAGGACUCUUAAAGAUCACAUGACAAUUCACACUGGAGAGAACCCCUUUUGCUGUCCAGAAUGUGGCAAAAAAUACUCACAUCAAACCAUGCUUAGGUGCCACAGAAGGAUCAACAUUGGAGAGAAGCAGUACAUCUGUUCUGAAUGUGGUAAAGGGUACUCAUUCAAAAAUAUUUUUGGAGCCACACACUAAGUUUUACUGGAGUAAAGCCUAACCCAGAAAUGACAAGUGAUCUUUCCAUUAGCUCCUCAACCAAAAAAAUUGAAGCAAAAUCUUAUGAAGAGCAUAAAGGACUCCAGUUGAAAGUAGUUAAUAAGUAAAUAAGAAUAGUGGAGAAAACACUCAACAUGGCCAACAGAUCGUAGAUAUAAGGUAACCUCAGAGCCACAUAUGAAUUCACACUGGAAUGAACACACAGGAAUACAACACAUACUGUAUUUCAGAAACAGCAAGAAUCUUCUUCAACAACUCAUAGGUUCAAGAAAAAACCUUAUUUUUGCCCUAAAUGUGGUUAACGCUUUUCAGACAGCAGUGGCCUUCAUAUUCAUAAAUGACUGGCUUACUUGUGGUAAGCCUCUUAGCUGUUCUCAAUGUUGAAAGUGGUCCUCCUGUAUCAGCCAUCAUCAGCAACACGUAAGAUUUCAUGAAGGACUCAGAAACUGUACUGCCAAGACAUCAGUCACACAGGGACUGAUCAUCUCUGCACCAGUGCUGUGACAUAAAAUGGUGAACAAUACAAACACCAGACAACAGAAUGAGGUAGCAACAGUACUGUGCAGUGAUAACAACUUCAACAACAGAACACAACUGAAAAAGGUCAAAGUAAUAAUGAAAAAAAAAGUGAAAUCAAAUCAAAUCCACAGUGCAGUGCCAACUACCAGGAGGUGCCACGGACAACAAGGGAAAUAUUUUUGUUUCGGAGCUUUGGGUCUUAUCUGAGUAGCAAUGAACUUGUACCAUCUCUGGGAUGUCAUAACCCUGAUAAUGAAGAAGUCAUUUAGUGACGUCAGCUGACAUCCAAUGCUGUCCAAUCAGAUACUGGGGAGGGACAGUUGAGAAGGACAGGAGACUAAAAAGAGAGCCGUCACAUGACAGACCAAUGUAGAGGGGCUUUAUAAGACUUUGACACUAAUUUAGGUUAUCAUUAAUAAAUGAUAAGAGUCUUUACAAACCAAACACAUUCAUCAGCUGUGUGUCAAGGGUGAGUC